CCGGCCCGGCCCGCUGGCCCGGCCUCACCCCCGACAUGACGACUGCUCCGAGCUGAGGACUGGCCGGAGCCGGAAGCCACCGGAAGCUCUAAUGGCGACGCUGGGCGCGCUAACGGGCGCGCUGGGCGCCGCCGGCGCGCUCGAGCCGCACCGCGACCACGCCGCCGAGGACGACGACAGUUGGUACCUCGCGCCGCCCGUCAUGGACGUCCCCGCCUUGCUGGAAAGCGUGGCGGCCCAUGGCGAGGUCCAAGACGACGACGACGACGCCGACGACGACGACGAGAAUCCGGUGCCCCAGGUGAUCCUGGAUGCCUGUCGCACCGGCGACGUGGACAUCCUGGAGACCUGGCAGCGGUGUCACACCGCGCUAGGGCUUUCGCCUCGCCUCCAGGACCUCCGCGACGCGCAGGGGGCCACCUGCCUGCACUACGCGGCGCGGGGAGGCCAGAUCAGCGUGCUGGAAAUGUUGGCCCGGCUGCAGGCCAGCGACCCCUUCCACCGCGCCAUCAGCGACAACUUCGUGCUGCUCAGCCCGCCAGGCAGGUCGCUGGCCGAGAUGGAAAGCUCGACGGACAGCGCGGACGCGCCGGAGGAGGACGCCGUCGCGGAGGACAUAGCCCAGCCGUCCAGUCUGCCCGUCCCACUGCCCACCUGCGAGUCCGUGACCGAGCGCACCAAGGGGCUUCUCAACAAGCAGUACCUGCUGCUGGCCCAGCGGAGAAGCGGUGAUGCUGCAUCGGACGGGGAGGAGCGCGCCAGGACCCUGCCAUCCAAGACCUUCCGGCUGUGGAAGGGCGUUAUCCCACUGCCCACCCCUCGCAAUGCCAGGGCCCCGAGGGGUCCCCGGGGUGGCGGUGGCUACCUGAAGACCUUCCUGGCGCGCUACAGCGACCUCGCCUCCACCUCGGGCUCCUCGAGCUCCUCGCCGGACAGCCGAGCCAGCGGGCCGCGCCGCCUGCGGAACCUCUUGUCCCGGUUCAACGUGGAUACGACUGCCUCCCCCGUCUCCGCACCCUUGGACACCACGCCGGCAGAUGAGCGUCAGCCUGCGCCAGCUGCACCACCUGAGCCAGCUGCAGCUGCGGACGGCAAUGACCUCGGCUCUGCGGACGGAAAGUGCUCCGCGCCCGCGUGCCAAACACCCACCCCUCUGCGCGAGGUGCGCGCCGCCUGGCCGUGUCGUCCACCCCCUCCUCGGCCGCCGCCGCGCACCUCGUCCAUGCCUGGGGCUGCCGCCGUCACCCCGAAGGAGGACGCCGACGAGGAUGCGCGCGCGACCUCCUCGUCCUCCGAGGCGGGCGACUCCGUGUCGUCGUCUGGUGGCUGCGCCGUGGACGACGGCUUCUGUUCGGGGGAGUCGUGGUCGUCGUCGUCGGCGUCCUCGGGCAGCGAGUCGUGCGGUGUGUGGCGCUGCGGCGCGGGCGGGCGCGCUCCCGUGCUGCACCGCACCGUAGUGGGCGCCACGCCGCUGCACGACGCGGCCGCGCUGGGCCAGCUGGGCGCCAUGCGCUGGCUGCUGCGCAGCACCCGCUGCCACCUCCACGACACGGACUACGACGGCAACACGGUGCUGCACCUCGCCGCCCGGUACGGCCGGCUCAACGUGCUGCGCUGGCUGCUGCGGGAGGCCGAGAUGCCCGCCCUGGAGCGCAGCGGCAAUGGCGCCCUGGCGCUGCACUACGCCGCGGCGCGGGGCUGCCUGGACUGCGUCAAGCUGCUCGUCGAGUCCUCCAACGAGCUCAGCGCCAACACUCAGAUGGACAAUGACGUGACGCCGGUGUACCUGGCCGCGCAGGAGGGGCACCUGGACGUGCUGCGCUACCUGGUGGCCGCCGGCGGGUCGCUGUACGUCCGCGCCAAGGAUGGCAUGGCCCCGCUGCACGCCGCCGCGCAGAUGGGCUGCCUCGCCUGCCUCAAGUGGAUGGUGCAGGACCAGAGCGUGGACCCCAACCUGCGGGACGGCGACGGUGCCACCCCGCUGCACUUCGCGGCCUCCCGCGGCCACGUGGACACCGUGCGGUGGCUGCUGCGGCACGGAGCCAGGCUCACCCUGGACAGGCACGGCAAGAGCCCCAUCAACGACGCGGCCGAGAACCAGCAGAUGGAGUGCCUCAACGUCCUCGUGCAGCAUGGCACCACGCCGGACUACUACGACGAGGCGCGGCUGGCCAACGGCAAGCUGCACGGCUGCACCUGCAGGAAGGGAGACCCCCACUCUAAGUGUUCCUACGCGGACUGCGUCAACUACAGCAGCAGCCGCGAGCCCUUCUACCUCCACCCGCCCUCGGUCGGCCUCGGCUCCCUGGGCGCGUUGGGGGCCGCCGCACCCGGCGACGGCCUCUACGUCAACCCCAUGAACCACCACGGCCAGCACCGCAGGCACUCGUCGGCACCGCAUAGCAACGGUCACAGUAACGGCCACAGUAAUGGUCACAACGGCCACAGCAACGGUCAUAGCAACGGUCACAUCAAUGGUCACAGCAAUGGUCAUAGCAAUGGUCACAGUAACGGACAAGGAAACGGCCACAGCAACGGCCACGCGAAUGGCCAUACCAACGGCUACAUCAACGGUCACGGCAGUCACAACGGCCACGCCAGGCACCGCACCAGCGUCCACGGCAACGGCCACAGCAACCGCAGCCACUCGGAGGACCGCGCCCGGGAGUCGUUCUACCUGCAUAACCCCCGCGACCGCGAGUCGGUACCCAAUCGCGUCAAGACGCUGUUCGACGGCGCGUCGCCAGCGUGCGCGGCCACCGCGGCCAAGCCGAACGGAACCGCCCACAACAACGGCGGCAACCCCAACGUGACGCCGCCGCCGCCGCCACCACCCCCGCACCAGGCGCCAGCCAACGGAUUCAAAGUGAAAGUCGAGGUGCACUCCAGCUCGGGCAGCUCUGGGGCGGGCAGCGAGGAGAACCUCUCCUCGUCGGACACGUCGGAGCGGUCCGCGGGGCUGCACGACUACGAGGACAUCUACCAGGUGCGCGAGCAGUCCCAGCAAGUCAACGGCCAGCAGGGCGGCCACGCGCGGGUGUCACGGCGCUCCACGUCCAGGGACUCGGGCAGCCACUCGAGGUCGGGGUCCCGGUCGGGGUCCGUGUCCUCGGCGGGCUCAACGCAGGCCGCCAACGGCAACGGCGUGUCCCCGCACCAUCACCACCACCAGGAGCAACACCUCCGCCACGCAUCGGGCCCCCGGCAACACCGGCCCGACGUGGGCCAGGAGGACAAGUCCAUAGCGGCGUCAACAGAGUCCGGCGUGUCGAGCGGCUCUCCCUCGGACCUCGGCCACUCCGAGGAUGAGUGCGAGAGGACGCACGGCCCUAGGCACUCGCAGCACUCGCUGCCACACCCGCAGAACGCAUCCCGGGCGCUGAAGCGCGUCGUCUCGGAGCCCGGGUCGUUCGCACCGCCGCCGCCGCCGCCACCACCUGCGGCACUCCUGGCGCCGCCCCCGGCCGCCUGCCCGCCAUCCGCCGCCCCCUCGUCUCCGGCGACAGCUCCCGCCCCGCUCGCCCUGCCCCCCGGGCCGCGCAUAUCGCCCGCGCUGGGCCGGGCGCCGCCGCCCCCGCAGAGCGAGUCCGAACAGCAGGCGGCCCAGGACGCCGACGACGACCUCGCACUCGACCAGGACGACCUCAAGGGCGACGCCCUAGGGUCCGGCACCGGAGCGCACGCCCUGGUCAACAAGCAGCUGGCUCUGCCCUUCAUCCCGCCCAAGUUCCCGUCGAACUCGGCCGACUCCAACCACCUCAUCAAGCCGAGCGAGUACCUGCGCUCCAUCAGCGGUCCCGGCGCACCCGCGCCGCCCGUCCCGGCCGCCGCCCCCGCCGCGCCGCCGCCGCCAGCCGCC